AUGGCGACCGACAAGUGGGAGGCGGCCGCUACCGUAUUGUCCAAAGCUUCUGCCACUGAUCUAGAAACUGUUUGUCAUCUUGUUGCUGACAGUUUGUGUGCUGAUAGUGUGCUCUCACCUGAUAAAGGUUUGUCGAUAUGGUCUUUGGAAGAUUGGUGGACUGUUCGCACGGUUCUCACAGAAGUCAUGAGAAUGGUGGUUGGAAGAGGAUGGUCCAAAGAAAAGGUUAUAAAAGAACUUGGGUCUCUGAAUGACUCCCUCAAGGAAAUCAUCUAUGAUAGUGUGCUAGUUCACCAGCAGCUGCUGCGACACAAGUUUAUUGAGGAUGCUACAGCUGUGUCGCAUGCUGUCUUGGCUGAUUUUGAUUGGAAGUUAAAGUUGGCUAUGGCUAGUGAUAAGUUGGCCUCUUUGCAAGAACCAUUACUGCAGGUUGACUUAGAUGUGAGGGAGGUCAGCGGGGAGCACAAGUCGGUGUUUCUAGAACUGGACCAGUCAGAAUUGACCAAACUGAUCACCUCAUUAGAGAUGUGUAGUAAGUCUGUCCAACAACUGACGACAAACGCUACAUGA